AUGAUCAUGCGUUCAGUUUUGGCUGCAUUGGCCUCAGCCAUGGCGACAACUCAAGUCCUUGCUGCGUCGAACGAUGCGGCUACUCCCGAGGACGUUUUGAGCUCUAUGAGGGCCGUCGACAAGCUGUCCGCUGAUACGCACUCGCACGCCAGAGAAAUUGGUACCUAUUUCAAUAGAAAGCACUUUAUCCUUGGGGCAUGUGUCUCAGUUGGAGACACAUACCUUAGCUGUCGAGCUACGAUCGAGGGGGUUGAGAAGAUUAAUGAUGAGUUUGAAGCUAAACCCAGGACGCCAUUCGACGACAGAGGCCAAAAGGAGAUUUGCUCAGCGUUUCACUGGUUUGAGUACCGUCAAUUCCUUCUCGUCGUCACCUUGAUCAAUGAGCCAAGGAGCAUAGAGAGUGGAGGGUUCGAUGACUACUUUGAGGACUGCUUCACACGACUGAUAGACUACGCCCCCAGCUGUCGAGAUAAAAUAAUUGAGAACAAUGGUCAGUUGGAGCGGGCAUUCGACGAUGCUAUCAAAAAGAUCAAGGCCCGCUGGGGCGCCCGUAGAGCCAUGCCAGUCGACAUUCCUGUCCCCUUGGACUGA